AUGCUCUCCGCCCUCAGCUCUUCCACGAGGAUGUAUGACCCGGAGCUUGUGACAUGGGCUCAACUCUACAUUACAGAAGAAUACAUAGGACGUAGAGUUUCUCGUCGAAAAUUCACGUCUGUAACUCUUGUAUACAUGACGCUGCGCUACCUGGGCUUAGGCUAUUCGGGCGUCAUCCAUCUUGAACGAACCAGUGUCACCACUUUGUAUCAACGAAUCUCGCGAAUGAUUAAUUCUAAUCUCAACUCGGUGGCAUCUCUGGCAGCUGGUAUCAGCAUCGUGUCGAACCUGUCCAUGUUCGGAUCUGUGCUCACAGCCGCAAAUCGUAUCAAUGUCGCCGGUUUCAACGUUUGUGACAUUGGAGCGCCAGCAUCAUUAUCGUGGGUUACACCAACAAGCAAUACUUUAUGGAUGACCUACGAGACUAUCCUGUGUGGUGCAGUUCUGCGUUAUGCAUUCAAAGAGAUCCCUGCAUCGUCGUGGAGGAGCCCGACUCGUGUUACCUUCUCAAUGCUCAUUGCUAUCCUCAACGCCACCGGUGUCACCAGCAAUAUAUCCGCGAUUGAGAAUGGGUCCAGCUUUCUGGUUUCAUUGCAAGUAGCGAUGAUAGGCCCAUGGAUUAUCAUCAACCUUCGGAGGAGCUAUGAGCGAACCGCCAACCCAGGCGCAUCAGAAUCAUGGGAGAUGACAACAGUAGCAUUUGCUAGCGACGAACCAUGGCCAAAGUCAGGGCACGAGGCUUGA